UGCCUAUCACUCGUACAGUCCGUAAUUGGUGACUGCUGGUUAAUAUGACCAUCAUAAGCACCGUCGUGACAAGUGCCGCCGGCAAAUGACGAGCGGUCUCUAUCACCAUUUCGGACCUUUUCGUGUAGGCUGUAUCCGAAGAAACACCCUUACACGGCAGUAAAGAGCCGGGGCAGCAGUAUCAAGCAUAUUGAACAGGAUGCACCCCGGUCUUGGCAGAGCAUCUGGGCUACUGAUGGUAGCGUAUCAGUCAUUGACAGAUACCGUUGCCAAUGGGCUCCCCACACGAAAGGCUUCUCAAGGAUCGAUGGUUAAUGAGACACAGGAAUGAAGAAUCACGCGCGCUUCCCCCAAAGCUCGGUAAAUGACGAUGACGGAACCCAAGUAUCUGCUCGCCGAUCUAUAUAAAGCUGCGGAUACUACACUACCCAUUAUGGGCGAUGUAAAGCAUUUCCCAGUGCAAAUUCGCCAUCAUGGUAUCCUUCACCAUCCUCACAACUGCUUUGCUAGUUUCUCUUCCCACUGCCUUUGCAGCGCCUAGAGGCGUCACAUCGCUCAUUAAUCACGAAACUGUAGGGAAGCAACUCGAAGCCCGUCAAGGAGGUUACUACUCUUUCUGGUCUGAGGGAGGCGGCUCAUUCCGUUGCAGCCAACAAGGCGGCGGCAAGUACACGUGUAACUGGUCAGGCCAGGCCGGCGGUGGCUUCGUAGCUGGUACAGGCUUCAAGCCCGGAGGUUCGAGGGCCGUAAAAUACGCAGGUACAUACGAUGCCAAAGGACCCGGUUAUCUCGCCCUGUACGGUUGGACGCGCAAUCCCCUCAUCGAAUACUACAUCAUCGAAUCGUAUGACAUCCUUGCACCCGGUGAACCUUGGACGCGCAAAGGCAACUUCACUUUCGAAGAAGGCACCUACGAGCUCUACACCAGUCAGCGCGUGAACAAGCCGUCAAUCGAAGGUACCCGCACCUUCACACAGUUCUGGUCAGUGAGAACAGAGAAGAGGGUUGGAGGUACUAUUACUACGCAGAAGCAUUUUGAUGCAUGGAGUAAGGCGGGAAUGAGACUUGGUGGUCACGAUUACAUGAUCCUUUGUACGGAAGGUUUCGCGAAUGGGACCCUACUGCCGAGUGGAAGUAGUACCAUCACAGUAAGCUAAUUAGUGGUGAUUGCAGCUGCUGCGACUUGCAAGAAAGCUGGAGAAAAAAAAAGUGUACCAAACAUAUACCCUAAAGGUGUAGUUGGUGACCGCCAAUAGCAAGAGAAUAAGUCAAUACAUACCGCAUAUC